ACACGGCUAUGUCUCUCAAUUCUACAGUUCCCAGGAUGCCUCAGCACUCAGCCAGGGCAGUGAGAGCGACCGCAGCGUGGUUCCUCUGCCAGGGACCUGCACUUCGUUCUCUCCCUGGGCGCCUCUCCUCCUCCUCAGGCUCGGCCCUAAGAUGUCCGCCGCGCCCCCUCCUGUGCGCAUGCGCGGCUGUCGUUGUGGCGGCAGGGCUGCCCUCCUUCCUCGGCUGAGCUUCGCCGUCAUCAUCAUCAUCAUCAUCGCCUGCCUCCUCGGCAGCAGCAGCAGCGAGGAGCGGCCCAUGUCUCUCUCCGCCGUCGCCAGAAACGAUCAUAGAUCUGAAAUGGAUGUUGAAUCUUCUUUAGAAAAUGUCAGCCUCCCUUCUGAAACUGUUUCAGUAUUAAAUCAUGAAGAAUACUACUUGGUUAAUAAGCACAUAGAGGAUCAUUCUGCACAAGAUGAGAAAUUUCAACUGACGAUGUUUCCCAAUGAAGUUGCACAAAUGGAGAAAGCCAUGGAAGAGAUUCCAAAGGAUUCUGACAAAGGCCAGAUAUGUAACACUUUUGACUGUGUAGCUGUGACAGGUGACUUCAGGCAGUCACUUAGAAAUGUAUCUGUCAUCCAGCCUUCUAUUCACUCUCUACUUAAUCCUCCCAACACAGAGGUUUUGUCACAAAGACUUUGUUCCCCUGUUGUACCUUCAGAAGAGGAUAGUGUAUUGUUCAACAAACUGACUUAUCUUGGAUGUAUGAAAGUUUCUGCUCCUCGUAGUGAAUCAGAGGCCUUGUGUGCAAUGGCAGCUAUGAAAAAUUCAAGUGAUUCACCUUUUCCUGUAACUUUGUAUGUUCCAAAUAUACCAGAUGGCUCUGUUAGAAUAAUAGAUCAAUCCAGUAAUAAAGAAAUUGCUUCUUUUCCAAUCUACAAUGUGUUGUUCUGUGUUCGUGGACAAAAUGGGACCUUAGAAAGUGACUGCUUUGCAUUUACUGAGAGUUUCUCUGGUGCUGAUGUAUUCCAGAUUCAUGUCUUCUGUUGUGAAAUAAAAGAGGCAGUCAGCCGAAUUUUGUAUAGUUUCUCAACAGCGUUCAAACGUUCCGCCAAACAGGGAUCAGAUUAUGUAAAGGACACUGUUAUUCCAACAUCUGAUAGUGAUACUUUCACAUUCAAUGUUUCUUUAGAGGUCAGAGAAGAUGAUGGUAAAGGAAACUUCAGCCCAGUACCAAAGGACAGAGAGAAAUUUUAUUUUAAACUAAAGCAGGGACUUGAGAAAAAGGUUGUGAUUACUAUACAACAGAUUUCCAACAAAGAAUUAGCCAUUGAAAGGUGCUUUGGGAUGCUGCUAAGUCCAGGUCGAAAUGUCAAAAACAGUGACAUGCACCUUCUGGAUAUGGAGUCUAUGGGGAAAAGCUGUGACGGAAAAUCUUACGUUAUUACUGGGAUUUGGAAUCCUAACAUACCCACCUUUUUAGUUCUUAAUGAAGAAACUCCUAAAGACAAACGCGUGUACAUGACUGUGGCAGUAGAUAUGGUGGUCACAGAGGUGGUAGAACCAGUACGCUUUCUCAUGGAGACACUUGUGCGUGUGUAUCCUGCUAAUGAGCGCUUCUGGUACUUCAGCAGAAAAACCUACACAGAAACAUUCUACAUGAAACUGAAACAGUGUGAUGGGGAAAGCCACACAAACACUGAAGAUGCAAUUUAUGAAGUCAUGAGUCUUCACCGAGAGUCAGAAAGACAGGAAGAAUCAGUCAGUUCCUCAAGUUGUAUAGAUCAAACUUCUCCACAAGAUGAUGAUGCUGAAGAGGAAAGUGAUAAUGAACUUUCAAGUGGCACUGGUGAUGUAUCAAAGGAUUGCCCAGAGAAGAUCUUGUAUUCUUGGGGAGAACUACUAGGACGAUGGCAUAAUAAUCUCAGUGCACGACCAAAAGGACUGUCUUCCUUGGUAAAGAAUGGUAUUCCAGAGGCAUUAAGAGCUGAGGUAUGGCAAUUGCUGGCAGGAUGCCAUGAUGACCAGACACUGUUGGAUAAAUAUAGAAUUCUGAUUACAAAGGAGUCGUCUCAGGAAAGUGUCAUUACACGAGACAUUCAUCGAACAUUCCCAGGACAUGAAUAUUUUAAAGAUACUGGAGGAGAUGGGCAAGAAUCUUUAUAUAAAAUCUGUAAGGCAUAUUCAGUGUAUGAUGAAGAAAUUGGUUAUUGUCAGGGCCAUUCAUUUCUUGGUGCCGUUUUGCUACUGCAUAUGCCUGAAGAGCAAGCGUUCUGUGUUUUGGUGAAGAUCAUGUAUGACUAUGGCCUGCGAGACCUCUAUAAAAACAAUCUAGAGGAUCUUCGCAGUAAAUUUUACCAGCUGGAAAAACUUAUACAGGAGCAGUUGCCUGAUCUGUAUAACCAUUUCUUGGAACAGAACCUGGAAGCUCAUAUGUAUGCAUCUCAGUGGUUUCUCACCCUCUUCACUGCCAAGUUCCCUCUCUGCAUGGUCUUCCACAUAAUUGAUUUACUCCUUUGUGAGGGCCUGAAUGUAAUUUUUAAGGUCGCCCUGGCUCUCCUAAAGUUUGCAACUCUGGGAUUUCUCACUCCUUAUAUGACAUCCAAGGAAGAUCUUCUACAAGCUGAUUUUGAGGGGGCUUUGAAGUUUUUCAGGGUACAGCUGCCCAAGAGGUACAGAGCUGAAGAGAAUGCUAGAAGACUUAUGGAACAAGCUUGCAAUGUAAAGGUGCCAACAAAGAAGUUGAAGAAAUAUGAGCGAGAGUAUCAAAUGAUGCGGGAGAAUCAGCUGCAGCAGGAAGACCCUCUGGACAGAUACAAGAGAGAGAACCGCAGGCUUCAGGAAGCCAGCAUGCGACUUGAGCAAGAGAAUGAUGACCUUGCCCAUGAACUUGUAACAAGCAAAAUUGCUCUACGAAAUGACCUGGACCAGGCUGAAGACAAAGCAGAUGUUUUGAAUAAGGAGCUGCUCCUGACCAAACAGAAACUAGUAGAAACUGAAGGGGAGAAGCGAAAACAGGAAGAAGAAACAGCCCAGUUGAAAGAGAUUUUCAGAAAACAGUUGGAGAAGGCAGAAUCUGAAAUAAAGAAGACAACUGCUAUCAUUGCAGAAUAUAAACAAAUUUGCACCCAGCUGAGUAGUAGGCUGGAGAAACAACAGGCAGCCAGUAAAGAGGAACUUGAGGUUCUAAAGGGAAAAGUGAUGGCUUGCAAACACUGCAGUGAAAUUUUUAGUAAAGAAGGAACAUUGAAAGUGCCUGCAGUGCCUAGAGAAAAUCCAGGUACAGUCACAGAUGAUGAGAAAGAUGCCCUUAAAAAACAGCUAAGAGAGAUGGAGCUGGACCUGGCACAGACCAAACUACAACUUGUAGAAGCCAAAUGCAAAAUACAGGAACUAGAACACCAGAGAGGUUCACUUAUGAGUGAAAUCCAAGCUGCCAAAAACUCUUGGUUUAGCAAAACCCUGAACUCAAUCAAAACAGCUACUGGCACACAGCCACUACAGCAGCCUCCGCUGUCAUCCUCUCCCAAAGAGGGCAGCACAUAGUUCCAGUUGGAUGCCAGGCACCAAGAGCACAAUGGACUAAGCAGCUGAAGCCCCUUGAAGUUUCCUCCAGAUCAUCCAUUCAGGGGUAGGGGAAAGGUUGGGGAGCAACCCCAGAAGCAAAUUCCUUCAGUGUCUUUCAUUAGUUCUUAUGUGGCCCUUUUCAAAGGGAGGUUAUUUAAAGGAUCCUGUUUUAUGUAGAAUACUCUUUCCUGCUGCCUUGCCAAAAGCCACACCUCAGUACCUUCAUAUUUUACAUGUUAUUUUGUAUGCUUAGAUGUUUCAAAUAUAGGUAACAACUAAUUCAGAACUUGUUCCAUAUGUUGCUAAAAAUUAUUCAUAGUUUUUUAAAAACUUGCAUAAGAUACUUUUUUCUUUUCCUGUGAGACAGGGCAGAGUAAAGUAGUGAAGAAAAAGCACAUCUGUCAUAAUGUCAUGCAGUUUUCUGGUACAGUGCACCCUCCCCAUACGCGGGGAUCCAUUCUGGACACACACACACCCCCCGCGUAUGGGGAAAAACACAUAAGCUCAAACCCCAUUAGUUUCAAUGGGGGAGCGUUUCUGCAUCUGGUGUGGCGUGCAUGCCAUUCUUAUGGCGGCUUAACCUUCUGAGUAAGGUUAAAGUUGCAUAUGGUGUGCCCGUACUGUAUUUGAAAACAUCUCAAAGGUUACAGCUGUCAUUGCCCACUGCAAAAAUGCACCUGUUGUUUUAAAGCCUGAGUCUUGAGCCACAUCUACAGCAUGUGGAACAACUGUAAUUUGGUAAAGAGGAACUUGUCAUAAAACUAUGUCUCCUUCAAUUCUGCUUUUAAGAAUUCCAUUCCAUAUAUUACAACUAAGGGAGCGAUCCCACUGCAUCCCUCCCCCAGUCUUUUUUGUCAGUCAGCAGACUUGGACAUACGUUCUUAUGAGCAAUCACCUUUGAAAUUAAUAGGGACUAGUGGAGGUGAGCCUGCCUGGUGAAUUGUGCUCUUUCUGCUGUUGCACCAUUUCCAUUGAUGUUAGCAGGGCUUGUGCAAGAGACAGGAGACAUUCCUGGUAAAAUGCUUAGAUGGAAGGUGAUCUCACCAAUGAUUGAUAGGGCAAAUUUUUCAGAUGAUUCCUGUGUCUGUUUGGAAAUCAUACUUGUUUUAUAACUUUAUAAAGUACAGAAAAUCAUUUGUUACAUUUUUGAAUUGAACAUAAAAUGUUUAUAGAAAUGCUUAUUUCAUUGAGAAUUAAACUAUUGCUUAAAUUGAUGGAAAUAUUUUUUUUAUUAUAUGUAAUGUGUAUAAUAACGUCUGACAGGUCAACAUCACUACUGGAUGAAAAGUUAAUUGUGUAUUUGGUUUUCCUGUUAUGAACAGUGUUCCAAGGACUUUGUCCUACUGAUUUUAAUCCAAAUGAAUGCAAUAGCCUAUCAGUCAGUUCUGUAUAAUAAAGUUUAAUGAUGUUCA